AUGGCUGCUGAGAACUGCACUGUGUUUACUGACUUCAUACUCCUAGGACUUUCUGGCAGACAGGAUGUGCAGCGGGGGCUCUUUGUGCUCUUCCUGCUGGUUUAUGGCAUCACCGUGAUCGCCAAUCUAGGGAUGAUCCUGCUGAUCAACAUGGACCCCAGACUCCACACACCCAUGUAUUAUUUCCUGAGCAACCUGUCUUUCUGUGAUGUCUGCUACUCCUCCACUAUCUCUCCCAAGAUGUUAGUUGAUUUUUUAUCUGAGCAAAAAAAUAUUCCAUAUAAUUUAUGUGCCAUUCAGAUGUACUUUUUUGGUGCUUUUGCAGAUGUGGAAUGUCUCAUGUUGGCUGUCAUGGCAUAUGACCGUUAUGUGGCCAUCUGUAAUCCACUUCUUUAUACAACUGCCAUGUCCAGAAGCAUCUGCACCCAGCUUGUGACUAUUGCCUACAUCACGGGCUUGGUGGAUUCGGCCAUCCACACCUGUUUCACAUUCCGAUUAUCAUUCUGCAAUUCCAACAUCAUCAAUCACUUUUUCUGUGAUAUCCCACCCUUACUAGCUCUGUCCUCCUCAGAUACAACCAUCAAUGAGAUAGUGAUGUUCACUUUCAUUGGCUGUGUUGUGGGGUCCAGCAUCAUCACUGUCCUCCUCUCCUACAGCUACAUCAUAACCACCGUCCUUAGAAUGAACUCAGCAGAGGGCAGACACAAAGCCUUCUCUACCUGUGCCUCCCACCUAACCUCUGUGGCGAUAUUUUUUGGUACGCUCUUGUUCAUGUAUUUCCGACCCAGCACGAGUUACUCCAUGGACACAGACAAAAUGGCUUCUGUUUUCUACACAGUUGUUAUCCCCAUGUUAAACCCACUGAUCUACAGUUUAAGGAAUAAGGAUGUGAAAGGUGCCUUGAAAAAAGCAGUUGGCACUAAGUUAUGUUCUGGGUGA